GCCGAGGGAGAAGCACGCUGUGCCAUUUAGAGGGGAAUCUUGACAAGAAUUCCUGAAAAGAUCAACGUUUCUUUCCUCGGUCCCCGUGACAGCUGCUCGACGUCGUCUCACACGGCUCACGCUUAUCGACGUGGAUUUGCGCGAAGUCAUCACUUGGGCGCAAUGGAAACACGAAGCAAGAAGCGAAAGGUGCAGCGUGAAUUUUGAAGAAAUUCAGUCAAAGCGGCAAGAAGAGAGGAAGAAGAUGCUGCACGGCACUCUGCCGAGGGCCUUCCUGGCCCCGGGUCUCAGCUACAUGAGCUACUACAGCGACGAGAUUCAUCCUGCUUACACCGCGCCGCCGACCACGUGGCACAUCCCGAUGGAAGAUCCGUCCUCGCCGAUCUACUCGCGGAUCCCAUCGGCGGAGCAUCACGCGCCGUUGCAGCCCUGGGAGUCGUCAGGCUCCUCGACGCCGUGUCCGUUGGAUUUGUCUCUCAAGUCGUUGCCGACGCCGAAAACGGAGGAAAUGAUCGAGGUGGGUGAUGAGAAAGAUCUCAGAAUCCGCGAGGAGCUGCAGCCCCGACCCGAAAGUCGCAGAGACAGCGAGGACGAUCAGCAGCUGGUGGUGGACGAUCUCGACACCUUACGCAGCCCAUCGGCGCAGAGCCACCCGAGUCACUACGAACGACUCGUUCUCGGCAAAGAAUCACCUCGCUUCCACAACUCGAUCGUCGACAAGAUUCAUCAUCUGCCCGUGGAGGAGAGUACCCGGCUGCCGCCGUAUCCCGGAACCGAGCUCGCGUCGAAAUAUCAUCUGCACAAUCAGAAACUUCUCCUGACGAGCCCGACGCAUCUGCAGUCGAUGCAAAAUUAUCAACAAUUACUCUUAACGCCGCAGCAGCAUCUUCAGAGCGUGGACGCGCCUAUGACGCCACCCAGCACUCCGUCGCCGCCUCAGUGUCCCAGAAGGAGGAUUCGCGAGGAGGAUCUCAUUUCGUCGUCCUCGGGUUCCGCUUCGGGCGCCUCCGCGUCGACCCCAAAGCAGACCAGCAACGAAAAAGCCGCUGUCCCGAGGCCGAAGAAGAAACACGCCAGGCGACUUAAAUUCGACGAAGACACCAGUAGCCCGGUGUCGGGCACCGUGAUUCUUGGCCCGGACGAGGCGGUGGUGACCGGCGACAUCGAUCCAGCCUUCAACAUCGUCGAGGUCACGGAGGAGGCGCGCGCCGAACUGGCCAAAAUUGAAAAUCGGCUCGGGCCGUACCGGUGCAAGCUCUGCCGGCAGCUUCAUGAGGACGCUUUCCAAUUGGCACAGCAUCGAUGCUCCCGGAUCGCUCACGUGGAAUAUCGUUGCCCCGAGUGCGACAAGCGGUUCUCCUGCCCGGCCAAUCUAGCAUCCCAUCGACGCUGGCACAAGCCCCGGUUGCCCAACAACGACAGCUCCGCGUCCUCGGCGACAUCGUCGUCCACCUCAUCGACGUCGGGGACCAACGCCGAGAUUCCCUGCACCAGGUGCGACGCCAAAUUCACCAGGCAAGCCGCCCUGCGGAAGCACCUGGCCACUCAGCAUCCUGAAACCAACAACAACAUCAGCAGUAGCAGCAAUAACAAUAACACCACUGCCGAUGGUGAAAAAGCCAUCAGCAAACCAGACAUAGCCCAGGUGGUUCCGACUAAUCAGUUGACCAGCGAGAUGACCUGACACCAAUUUCCGGCGAGACCCCUGCCAAGACGACCCGGGCUCUACUGGAGAUUCGGCCUCGACUUGUAAGAGACGCGGGAUGAUGCUUCUUUCAACCGAUUGGAUUUCUUCAAUAAUUUUGAGGCUGUCGUAAAUGUGAGUGCACAAUCAAAACACUCUGCAUGUUUAUUGUAGUAUUAAGAAACAGAAAAUACGAAAAGAGGAAAAGAAAAAAAAUUAAA